GGAGGAAGAUGGACAGGAGGAGGAGGAGGAGGAAGAGGCUUCAUCACUCCAUCCGUCACCGAGGGAUGACACUGCUGCACCUGGCUGCUGCUCAGGGAUACACACACCUGAUACACACCCUGAUACACUGGAGGAGUGUGAACAGCGACAGUCUGGACCUGGAACAGGAAGUUGACCCUCUGAACGUGGACCACUUCUCGUGCACGCCGCUGAUGUGGGCGUGUGCGCUCGGCCACCAGAGGGCAGCAGAACUCCUGUACAGCUGGAACAGUCUGGCCCUGGGGAUCCCUGAUUCGCUGGGACGCCUGCCGCUCGCCGUCGCUCGUUCCCGCGGACACACCCGCCUCGCCGCCGCGCUGGAGGAGCUGCACACGCAGCGCACACACGUGACGCCCCGGGACUCAAACACGCCUCCCACUGACACACACACUCCGGACACGCCACAGCCGCCUCCAUCUCCUCUGUCCACCAGCCCCGACACAGGUCUGAGCUCCUCCAGCAGCCUCCCCUCCCCAGCGACCCUCCUCCCCCUCACCAAGCUCCGCCUACUCCAGUGCCCCUGCCCCCAUGGACACCUCCCCUCCUCACCUUCGUCUCCCUCCUCGUCCUCCCUCGCUGCCCGUCUCCCAUCCCUCCCCUCCUCCCUCUCUGCUGUGUCCAUGUGGGGGGAGGAGCCUAGCGCCACCUUCAGUGCAGGUCUGACCCCCGGCGGCUCCAGAGACUCCCCCCUGUACCUGAUGGACUACGAGAGCGCCGCCCCCGGCCACGCCCCCGGCCGGCCGGCGACACUGGAGGAGACGCUGCUGAGCUACAGCGAGAACGCCGAGAACGAAGGCGAGGAGGAGGAAUACCUGGAGGAGGAGUGCUGCAGGUACGUGUCUGUCGACAUGGCAACGCUGGCAGAGCAGAUCAUCGAGGCUACUCCAGAGCGAAUCAAACAGGAGGACUUCCCCAGGGGGCGGAGUCACCGCUCAGAGAGAGGCGGGACAACCCCGCCAUCCAGGACACCUGGCUGGCCACCUACCUGGAGACGGUCGACGCCCACACACACUCCCCGCCCAGAGGCUCCGCCCCCCUCCUCUGUAGCGUGGGCGGAGUUUCUGAACGCCUCGGCCAAUGGGAAGAUGGAGAGAGACUUCGCCCUGCUGACGCUGACGGACGGCGAGCAGAGGGAGCUGUAUGAGGCGGCCAGGAUCAUCCAGAACGCCUUCAGGAGAUACAAGUACGCCCUCUACAAGAAGAUGACCCAGGCCGCCAUCCUGAUCCAGUCCAAGUUCCGGUCGUACUACGAACAGAAGCGUUUCCAGCAGAGCCGGAGGGCAGCGGUCCUCAUCCAGCAGUACUACCGCAGCUACAAGGAGUACGAACGGCUGAAACAGGCGCCGAGAGGGGCCGCUAGCCACAACCCCAAGAUCAAAGGCUCCUUCCUGACCAAGAAGCAGGACCAGGCAGCCAGGAAGAUCAUGAGGUUCCUGCGGCGCUGCAGACACAGGAUCAAGGAGCUGAAGCAGAGCAGGGAGCUGGAGAGGAGAGCCCUGACCACCUGA